AUAAAUAUCAAACAGUCGCCUAUGGUUGUACAUAUUUUUUUUAUUUGAUUUUAAAAUUGCCGAGCAACAGCCUUUUAAAACCGCCGUUUUGUGUGUACUUUAAAAUCCACACGUGUGCUGUUGUUUGGCAGUGUGUAAUAACAGUAGCAUGAUCACCACAUCACAUUGUGUCUUUGACGAAUAAAGAGCACAACAUAAGAGGAGAAACAAAAUAAGAAUUAAAAAUCAGGAUAAAUGUCAGCGAGCUGUCCAAAUGUGUGUUUAAAUGUUUCAUUUUAAUGUGUCGUCGAAAACGUGUACAUCAUUGACAUGCAUUGCUUGGGGAUUAAAUGGCAGGAAUAGAGGGUAAAAUAAAUAAAAAUAAGGAGAAUAAAUGAAAGAGGACGGAUUAGAAAGGGGGAGGGCAAACAGAGGGGAGGGAAACAAUGGUGAAUCAAAGCAUGAUAAUAUUCCUAAAUGAAGAGGGAAAUGUUGCUGCGCUCAUUUUAUUAAUCAGACUUGUCAAUUUCACCCAAGAGGCCAAACCCAAAAAGAGCGAUCUGGAACAGACUGGAGAUCAGCCUGCAGGGACGAGCAGCUCUCCUCUCCUCUCCUCCUCACUCCUUCUUCUCCUCCUCUCCACUUGGAUAUUAUUCGUCUGACCGAAGGCCGCCUCCAUCAUCAAGUGACAGCCCUCUCCUAUUUAUUUGCUUAUAAACCUGUUACAAUAAAUGAUCAUUGGAGCAACGUCAGCCGAGCAUUUUAACAACGAACAGCAACCACUUUUUGAUGAAUGACACUUUGCUGCUGAGGCUGAGGCUGAGGCUGCUGCUGCUGCUGAUGCUGAAUGUGCUCAGGAUGCUCGGCUCAUUUUGAGGAGCAGUCGCUCGUCGAUUGCAUUCAGAUUCUCUUCAUUUUGGCGUCUUGCUAAUAUAUUUAUAUAUAAAAGGUUUAGAGAGGAAGGCAGAGAGACAGUUAUUUUGGAGAGAGUUGCUUGAGUUGCAUGCGGAUUUAGCUCCCGACACAACUCAUUAGUGCUCCAACCCCUCGGAGAAGUGUCGUGCAUCUAUUUUUUUUUUUUCCUUUUCCUUUUUUUUUGUCUCGCAACGUCUGGCUUAAUGAUGGAGAGGAUAAGAAAAGAGAUGAUAUUGAUGGAGAGAGGUCUGCACAGUCCUGUCGCCGGGAAGAGGCUCUCAGACCCGCCUGGAAAUUCAGUGCUGGAGGCCCUGGAAAACUCCCAGCACGGAGGACGCCUGAGCCCCAGAAUAACUUCGUCUCUGCAUGGAAAUCUCGGGGACAUUCCGACCAAGGGCAAGUUCGAAAUUGAAAGUCUGUUCGGCACACAGCACCACAGCAGCGACAACAGCUCGUCGGCGGAGAUUUCCUCGUCGGAGAGCAGGAAGAAGAUGAGCCUUUACUCCGAAGUUUCCCAAGAAUCAGAUAUAAACAGUGAUGUGGAGGUGGGCUGCCCGUCGCACCGCUCCCCCAGCCAGCACAAAGAAAACAACAAAGGCUUUUCAGACAGUAAUUCAGCCACGUCCAACACCAGCUCCAGCUCCCUGUCGAACAUGAACGGUAAUUCGGGAGGAUCCAACAAUUCCAACGCGGACCAGGUCAGACGGUACCGGACUGCGUUCACCAGGGAACAGAUCGGUCGCCUGGAGAAAGAGUUUUACCGGGAGAAUUAUGUGUCCAGACCAAGAAGAUGUGAACUGGCCGCAGCGCUAAACCUGCCCGAAACUACCAUUAAGGUGUGGUUCCAGAACAGACGGAUGAAGGAUAAAAGGCAGCGUUUGGCCAUGUCCUGGCCUCAUCCGGCAGACCCCAGCUUCUACACCUACAUGAUGACGCACGCGGCGGCCACAGGAAGUCUACCGUACCCUUUCCACUCGCACGGCCCCCGCUUGGGCGUUCGGGCGGCGGCGGCCGCGGCCGCCGCCACCGGCGCGGCCUCCUCUCCCUUCGCCACCUCCAUCCGGCCCCUGGACACCUUCCGAGCGCUGUCCCACCCGUACUCCCGACCGGAGCUCCUGUGCAGCUUCAGGCACCCGGGACUCUACCAGUCGCCCGCGGGCCUGAACAGCUCUGCGGCGGCAUCCGCGGCUGCGGCGGCCGCGGCGGCCGCGGCGGCGGUGAGUGCGCCGUCGGCCACGGGGCCUUGCUCGUGUCUGAGCUGCCACAGCAGCCAGGCGGCCAGCGCCCUGCAGGGCUCCAGGAGCGCCAGCGCUGACUUUACCUGCACGGCGUCCGGCCAAAGAUCCGAGAGUGGAUUUCUGCCCUAUUCUGCCGCGGUGCUCAGCAAGACCUCGGUGCCGUCGCCGGACCAAAGAGAGGAGAGCGCACUGAACAGAUAACUCCUGACGCAGCCCACGUAGUACGCACACUUUGUCGUCUGUCCUACUUUAGCCGGUGGGGGCACAGACCUGUACUUUAAAUAUCACACACACACACACACACACACGAGGAGAUUAAUUUCUAAUUAAUUAAAAAAAUCUCUGUGUGUAACAAAAAGACGAGAAAAGCUCGUCACCCUCAUCCCUCCAACUCACAGAGACUUUUCUAAUGGCUUGUGCCAUUUGUGCCAGUGAUCCAGUUUUCUAUGGACUGUGCUGAAUAUACAGAUUUGGGGGAGAGAGAAAAAAAAACCAGUGAACUCAUUCUGUCCAAAACCUACAUCAAGACGCCAUUUUAAGCGGAUCUUAUUUGUUUAUAUACAAAUGAAAGUUUAAGUGGCUAUAAGACUGGGUCACAUCCCAUAAUCCUCCAGCCUGGCUAUAUACCUUCACUCCUCUAGUUCCGAAAACAAAAACUCAAGCUAAUUAUACUGUCUAAAUUUAGAUGUAGCAGAAGGCCCUGUCCCUUUUUCUGCUCUGCAGCAUAUCUCUCCUCACUAAGGCCUAAUAGACUGUGAUUUUGGACAGCAAAGCCGCCUCUGCUCUGUGGGGACGCUCCUAAUCAGCUGGAAGGUGCAUAUGAUUUUGCACCGCGUCUUCGGUGUCAAUUUUUAUGUUAAUAAUGAAGGGAUCAUGACAAAAAUUGCCAAUCAUGUACCUAGAUGGAGCUUCUUUGAAUACGUGGCUGUAGGAAAGUUCCUCGUUUGGAGACCCGCUGUCAAGUGCUAACAACCCGCGGAGGGAAGUCAUUAGACAUACAAAAGACCUGGAACAAAGCGACAGUCCUGGUACACACACACACACACACACACACACACAUAGACCAAUAUGCACUGUAUAAAUGUGACGAAUGGAAAGGCUAAAAUAUGUUCCAUACACAGCAGCAUAUAAAGCCCCGCCCG